AGAGAAGGAGAGAGAAAGAGAGGGAUAAAGAGAGAAAGAGAAAGAGGGAGAAAGAUUGGAAGCAACAGCUAGAUGGCAGUCAGCACUCUCAACAUGGCACCCUACUUCACUGGAUACCCUUUCCAAGGACAGGGUCGCGUGAACCAACUGGGCGGUGUGUUCAUCAACGGCCGCCCGUUGCCGAACCACAUCCGACUGAAGAUCGUCGAGAUGGCAGCGGCCGGCAUCAGGCCGUGCGUCAUAUCGAGACAACUGAGAGUUUCUCACGGCUGCGUCUCGAAGAUCCUGAAUAGGUAUCAGGAGACGGGAUCGAUCAGACCCGGCGUGAUCGGCGGUAGCAAGCCGCGAGUCGCGACGCCGGAGGUCGAGGCGAGGAUCGAGGAUCUCAAGCGACAAAACCCCGGGAUCUUCAGCUGGGAGAUACGCGACAAAUUAAUCAAGCAGGACGGAGUCUGCGACAAGGCUUCGGCACCGUCGGUGUCCAGCAUCUCCAGACUCCUGCGUGGUCCAGCGAAUCAGACUCGUCCUGACGACCCGCGUCGGAACCACUCCAUCGACGGAAUUCUCGCUGGAAGCAGCGGCGAUGACUCCGACACGGAGAGCGAGCCGGGUAUCGCACUCAAAAGGAAACAACGAAGAAGUAGAACUACCUUCACAGGCGAGCAACUGGAGCAACUGGAAGCGGCUUUCCACCGCACGCAAUAUCCCGACGUAUAUACGAGGGAGGAACUCGCGCAAAAAACGAAAUUGACGGAAGCGCGAGUGCAGGUCUGGUUCAGCAACAGGCGUGCCAGGCUCCGCAAACAGCUCAACAGUCAACAGUUGAACGCCUUCAACACUAUGAGCCUGCAGUCCUUCCAGACUCAGCACUAUGGCAGCGGUGCUGAGAGCUAUCAGAGCUACGGACAAGCGAGCGUUGCUGCCGCCGCAGCGACCACCGCCGGCUAUCCUCAGCAUUACAACUAUGGAGAGAACUACUAUGCGGCGCAGCAGCAGUGGCCACGGGCGACCCCGGAAAAUUACGGAUUGUUCAACGCCUCCCAUUACGGCAGCGGCAACCUUGCCUCCAACUUGACUUCCAGCAAUCUCAAUCUGGGCAGUCUGGGUGGCAGCGUAAGCCCGACCGCGUCUAACAUGAGCGCCUGCAUGGUGCAAAGUGCAUCCUCCUCCGGGGUACCAGCCCCGACGGGAAUGACGCACCAUGUGACACCACACAGCCCCAGCGAGGCUAAAAGCGGAUAUCCGUACUUGGGUGGCAUUGACUCCCAGGUUUGCGGAAGAGUUCACUGAAGCGCUAAGUAAUUCUUCGUCGUGAGGAUUACUCGUCAUCGACGAGUCGGUCGCGUGUGCGCGAUUACACGCAAUACACGAUGAUACGCGGUGUAAAAAGGGAGCCUAAUUGAAUAUAGUCGCUUCAUCGUUAUUGUCAUCUGUUCUAAUCCCUUUCGAUUCAAAGUUCGUUGUAAGAAUGUUCGCGUAAAACACGAAAAAAAAAGCAUCCAUGUGCUUAUAAAAAUUUGCAAUGUUUUCUUAGCUUCUGUUGUUUAAUGUUGUUGUUGUUACUCUCACGUGUAUACUUUUUCUUUGCUUAAAAGACGAAAAGACUCGAUGUUAAUUAACGCUCAUAGGACGAAGGUAUCUCAUACAAAGAUUAUAGAUUUCGGAACAUAGUCGAAAUUAUUUUAUA